AUGGACGGCCGGGUCAAAUCUAUCCUCCCCAAACCCCCACUCAAACUGGAGUCUCCUUCCAUGCAAAACAAACGUCGGACCGAUCAAGGCACUCCAUCCGGAGACUACAAUAAACGCCAAAAAUCAGUCACGGGAUCAGACAGACAUUUUCUGAUCGACAGUGAUGGUCACCAUGAGUCUCCGGAAGGUUCUAGACCUUCAGCGACCGGGCAUCGUCCAGUAACUUCGUGUACAUUUUGUCGGCAACACAAAAUCAAAUGUAACGCAUCGGAAAGAUUUCCUGGUGCGUGUCUGAGAUGUGAAAAGAUGAACCUCAAAUGUGAAAUUGAUCCGCAGUUUCGUCCGAAAAAGGGACUGCAAAUCCAGACGUUGAAACUGGAUGUGAAUGACCUCAAAGCUAAAAUGGAGGUGUUGGCUCGAAACGAAAAAUUGCUUGUAGAAGCAUUGAGCCAGAACGGGUUGGCUGGGACACAACCACAGACUCAGUUCUUGCCUGCUUCCACGGAUUCGCCCGGACUUUUUCCUGAAAUUAAUGAUAUUAACGAUUCUGUUCCUAAUACUUUGCUUCCAAUAACUUCUGCUACCUUUGAGCCUCAACCAGAACACAUGGACACUUCCAAUUACAAGGAGCCAGAGUACCCACUUCUCAGUGAAUUUCGCCUCGGAGACGUGGUUCUUUCGGCAGAAAAAGCCAGUGCUCUCCACGAUAUUUUUGUGGAACGAAGACUUCCCUACCUUCCUAUAAUGCUGACGUCCACAGCCAACACCCUCUACCACAAAUCACAACUUCUCUUCUGGACUGUGAUGCUCACAGCGGCGCUUCUGGAACCGGAACCUCAAAUGUACAUGUCUUUGGCUUCUCUCAUCAAACAGUUGGCCAUUGAAACUUGCUGGAUCCGCACACCCAGAUCGACCCAUGUCGUCCAGGCCCUCUUAAUUUUGUCUACAUGGCCACUUCCCAACGAAAAAGUGCUUGACGAUUGCAGUUACCGGUUCAUAGGACUUGCGAAAAACCUCGCUCUUCAACUAGGACUCCAUCGAGGUGGAAAAUUCAUCCAGGAAUUUUCAAGAACCCAGGUGAGUUUAGGUCCCGAUUCAGAAACAUGGCGAACAAGGUCUUGGCUCGCUAUUUUCUUUUGUGAGCAAUUCUGGUCGUCGGUUUUGGGGCUUCCUCCAUCCAUCAACACCACCGAUUACUUGGUGGAACACGCCCGAGUCGAUCAUACGCUUCCCAAGCCUUUCCGGUGCUUGAUUUCACUCCUGAUUUUCCAGUGCAAAUUGGUGAAUGUCAUGGGUAUAUCUGUCACUCGACCAGACGGACUAAUGGAACCACUGAACAGAGCUGCCUCGCUCAAUAUUCUCGAGCGGGAACUCGACCGUCUUCGGUUCAAGCUUGAAAUCGACGAAGGUUCACCGGUGGAAGUUUACUUUUUGUAUGUGAAACUUAUGAUUUGCUGCUUUGCUUUUCUUCCUGGAACUCCCAUCGAGGACCAGGUUCGCUACGUCAGCUCGGCGUACCUUGCUGCCACGAGAAUCAUCACUAUCACAUCGCAAAUGCUUCGCAAUGAUACCCACUUGGUGGAAUUGCCAAUCUACAUUCGUCAGGCUAUCACUUAUUCUGUGUUCUUGUUGUUCAAGCUUCAUUUGAGCAAGUACCUAAUGGACAGGUACGCCGAUAGCGCCCGGCAGCUGAUUGUUACGGUGCACAGACUCUUGAGAAAUACACUUUCGUCAUGGAAGCAUCUUCAAAAUGACAUUUCAAGAACUGCCAAAGUAUUGGAAAAUUUGAAUAUUGUGUUGUAUACUUGUCCCGAGGUGUUCUUAGCGGAAAGCAUCGAUACUGGAGGAGGAAUAAUUACUCGAAUGAGAUCACAUUUGACGGCUUCGCUCUUUUACGAUUUGAUAUGGUGCGUUCAUGAAGCCCGUCGUCGCACGCAAGAAAAGUCAAAUUCCAAGCCGCAAAAACUAGAAAUUGACGAUAGUGUUUUCGAGCAACGAAACUGCCGUCGGCCCGUUCCGCUUCCCUUCUACAAUCAAAUCACAAAGGACGAUUUCAAGACCAUAACUACAACCACUCCAAACGGCACCACAGUAACCACCUUGGUUCCCACCGACCACGCCAUGAACCAGGCUCGAGUCAAUGCUACAGAUGCGAAAAAACCAUUGGAAAUCAACGGAAUAACCCUCGCCAUGUUGGAAGCCACAGGAAGCACAAGGGAAACGGGUGCAAAUAAUCAGGUGUCUGCCGUUAGCGCCGCCGAAAUGGGAAUGGUGCCCGACUUGGGUGCAGUCCUGGGUGCAGUCCCCGUGCCGGAGCCGCUGCCGAUACCGCUCAACUACAAUAUUACCAGCGAGGUAGCGGACCAAAUGGAUAAUUUUUUCCAGCAACAGUCACACGGGUGGCUCAAUGAUUACCGAGAUGAUGACUUUUUGGGGUGGAUUGACGAGAACAUGGUUCAGGAGUAG